UUCUUAUAGUCGAUUCUCAAACACUUGAUCUCGUUCUGGGCAAUCAGAGGCUAUGGAACUUUACGGAAAGUAAAUGUGACCAGCCUCAUUGAAAACCUGCGCUCGAAUCCGUCCUCUGGAGUAUCUUACAUCUUGUUCUUUCUUCAUAAUACUUUGCCGGCAAGUUAUGUCUGACCCUAAGGACUACACCGUUGGCUGGAUCUGCGCCAUAAGUACGGAGCACGUUGCCGCGCAGGCUUUUCUUGAUGAAAAGCAUGAAGGACCAGAAUAUGUGUCACCUAAUGACAAUAAUGAUUACACCUUAGGCAAGAUUGGAAAACAUAAUGUCGUCAUUGCUGUCUUGCCUGAUGGGGAGUAUGGUGUAUCUUCUGCAGCAGGCGUUGCAAAAGAUAUGCUGCACAGCUUUCCUAACGUCAGAAUCGGUCUGAUGGUCGGCAUUGGCGGUGGUGCACCAAGUUCAAAGCAUGACAUUCAUCUGGGAGAUAUUGUGGUCAGCGCUCCUCGUGAUGGGGAGGUUGGUGUGUUCGAAUAUAACUUUGGCAAAACCAUACAAAAUCAGAAAUUCCGACCAACAAGAGUCCUGAACCAGCCACCAACCGCCUUGCGCACGGCAGUGAGUGGACUCAGAAGCCACUAUGAGAUUGAAGGGCAUCAGCUUGAAGAAGCUAUCAAUGGUAUUCUAGAGAAGAAACCAAGACUGCGGAAGAAGUACAGGCGGCCAGACCCAGGUAGCGACAGGCUAUACCAAAGCCGAUCCAUCCACACUCUGGGAAAUGAAGCAAGUUGUGCCGUAGUCUGCGGAGAUGAUCCAUCACACUUGAUAUUGCGGCACGAACGGACAGAGGAUGAGGAUAAUCCAGUAAUUCACUAUGGCCUGAUUGCGUCGGCAAGCCACUUAAUGAAGGACGCUUUGAUUCGGGAUAGACUUGCUGCAGAAAAGGAUAUUCUGUGCUUUGAGAUGGAAGCAGCAGGGCUGAUGAACCACUUUCCCUGUCUGGUUAUUCGCGGUAUAUGUGACUACGCGGACUCCCAUAAGAAUAAGGACUGGCAAGGAUAUGCAGCCAUGACGGCGGCCGCAUAUGCGAAAGAUCUUCUUUGUCGAAUUGCCCCGAACAGGGUUGAAGCUGAGAAGAGGAUCAGUGACCUUUCAGAUGUGAAAUCAAAAUUAGAGAAGCAGGAAGAAAUUGCAAUUCUCAAUUGGCUCACUGUUAUCGAUCAUGGCCCUCAACACAAUGACUAUAUCAGUCACCGGAAAGUAGGAACGGGCGAAUGGCUUCUGGAAUCAGAUGAAUUCCAGACUUGGUUAAAUGGGACCAAGCGGACAUUAUUCUGUCCUGGUCUUCCAGGAGCGGGCAAGACUAUUAUCGUGUCGAUUGUGAUUGAUUACCUUCAUCACAGAUUUUGGAAAAAUGACAAUGUUGGCAUCGCAUUUGCGUUCUUCAACUUCAAUCAGCCCCAAAUCUCCUACACAGACCUGUUGUUGAGUCUACUUAAGCAGUUAAUCCGCCAUUCAGUCCCCGAGACGGUGACAAACCUAUACAGAGAUCAUAGUUUCCGAGGAACACGUCCUUCAUAUGAUGAGAUUUUUAAUACGUUGUGCAAUAUUGCUGAGCGCUUCUCAAGUACCUUCAUAAUCAUUGACGCACUUGACGAAUGCGAAGAUUCUAACGGCACACUCUCAAGAAUCGUUACAGAAUUGUUCAAGAUUCAGGACAAAACAGAUGCAAAUAUAUUUGUAACAUCACGAUGCAUCUCUGGGAUAACGCAAACAUUUGAGGAAAGAGACAGCACUAUUUUAGAGAUACGUGCUAGAGAUGAAGAUGUGCAGAUGUAUAUCGAGGGUCAACUCUCAACUUUGCCGGAGUGGGUUAGAGAAACUCCCGGACUGGAAAGGGAGAUAACAACGGCAAUUAUUAGAGCAACUGAUGGCAUGUUUCUACUUACGAGAUAUCAUCUGGACACAUUGCGCGAACAAACUGACGCAGCGGAAAUUGAUGAGGUUCUAGAAGGUCUUCCAAGAGGGCUGCAUGCGUAUCCAAAAAUAUAUCAACAAGCCAUGGGGAGAAUUCAAAGCCAGCCAAAAAAAUUUAGCCACCUUGCUCUCCAAGUCCUUUCUCGGAUUGCCAAAUGCCGGAGGUCAAUGGGAAUAUUGGAGCUACAACAUGCACUAGCCGUUGAAGAAGAUUCAUCAGCACUCAAUCCACGGAAAAUGAAAGAUAUGCGGCAAAUAGUUCGUGUUUGUGCUGGAUUGGUUACAAUUGACAAAGAAAGUGACAUAAUCCGCUUGGCUCAUUACACAACUCAGGAGUACUUCGAGCAAUAUUGGACACUAUGGUUCCCUAACGCAAAUCGAUCUAUAGCCACCAUCUCGCUUACAUACUUAAGCUAUGAAAAAUUCUCCGCCAAACUAGCUCAGAGCUGGGAAGAAUAUAGGCAACGACAGCGGGAUAACUGUUUCUAUGAAUACGCUGCCCAGUACUGGGGCCACCAUGCAAGAGAGGCAUAUCCCGAGGUGAAAGAUUUAACUGCUAAAUUCCUCCGAGGCCCCGCGCUUGUCAGCGCCGUACAGGUUUUAGUUGCGCCACAAUUUCCCUUUGGGAUUUUCAACAUACCAAAAGGGAUAAUGGGACUACAUAUUGCUGCAUAUUUUGGAAUGAAUGAAGAAGUCAUGGAAUUUCUUCAAGAAACCUUAUGUCCCGAUGUGGCAGAUAGCUAUGGGCAAACUGCGAUGCACUGGGCUGUGAGGAAUGGACAGCGACAGACAGUCGAGCUCCUGCUGAAUGAAGGACUUGAUGUGAAUGCAAAUGAUACUGAGAUGAAGUCUGCCCUGCAUUACGCUGCGAGCCAAAACAACAAAAUGUUGAUACAGCUCCUUCUCAAAUAUGGUGCAAAGAUUGAAGCUCAGGACAUAUGUGGGCAGACUCCCCUGCUAGUCGCUGCAGGCGAUAUCAAAGUGGAGGCUGUAAUAGAGUUUCUCUUCCGGGGAGCCACGGUUAAUGCGCUGGAUGCAAAGCAUCGAAAUGCAUUGCAUUUAGCGAUAAUUGCCUCCAGAGCAGAGAGUGCUUUGAUAGCAGACAUGCUUUUGUCGCAUAGCAUUGAUUUCAGCGCGUGUGAUGUUGGAAACAUGACUCCACUGCACUAUGCAGUUGGAACUGGAAGCCGCAAAAUUAUUGAUUCGCUUCUUAAGGCAGGUGCUGACGUCAACCUGGGUAUUGAAAGGAAGCAUUGGACCGUAACCACUGAAUCUGGGCGGCCAGUCUACAAGGAAUUUCAGGUGCUUGGGGCGGCAAAAAAGAAAAUCAAUGACGCUGUUGGCCUUACACCACUGCAUUUUGCGGCUUGCAUUGGCCAUAAUGCAAUGACAGAGUAUCUUCUCAGCAAAGGCGCCGACCCGAAUGCACGCUGCCACAAUGGGGAUACACCGUUGCAUAUCGCUCUCCGACGAAGCCUUCUUGAAACACAGGAAGACGGCCAAGAACCAAUAUUUGGCUAUGUAUUGCCUGAUAACGAUGAAUGGACAGAUAAUAGAUGGCACAUUGAACUCGAUGCUGACUAUAUCACUGAUUAUGAGGAAGAGGCGCGGGAUAUCUACCAGUACAUUGAGGAAGAACGGUUGGCAGUAGUCAGUACCCUUCUCGCCAGUGCCAGCAUCAACGUUAACAUCGAAAAUAUUGAGCGUGGCUUACCCCUUCAUGUGCUUAAAUAUGACAAUUUGAACGCACAUGUUAUCAUUUGCAAGCUGCUUGAGCGGGGGGCCGAUAUUUUUGCACGUUAUAAAGGAAACCAGACAGCUCUGCACCUCGCAUGCAAAUCAGGCGCUUCAACCAUUGCGUGCGACUUUCUUGACAGAGGUUGCUCUAUUAAGACCACUGAUUUACAGGGUCUAAAUGCUUUGCAUUAUGCUGUUCGCGCCAAUAAAUAUGACACUGUUAGGGUGAUCUUGGAUCGGGAUGAACAACUGGCCCGAUAUCUUUGCCGUGAUGUGGAUGCACGAGGUAGAACUUUAAUGCACCACCAUUUAGAAGGCAUGGGAUGCUCUAUUGGAAUGCUUACUGUCCUGUUGUGUCACGGCUCGAGGUUGAAUGAUGUUGAUCAAGAUGGGAACACGCCACUCAGCCUACAUCUUCAGGGAUUCAAAUGGGCAGGCCAAGCGGAAAUCUGUCGCUUUCUUUUGAAGCACGGUGCUGACGCUCUCUGGAGAAGUCCAAAAGGCCAAACUUUGGCCCAUCUGGCAAUGUGCAAUCCUAUGGCAGAGCUCGGGGUUUUAGAGGCCAUCUCAAAUCAUGGUGUUGAUGUGGCUGCAAAUAGAGUGGCACAGCGAAGCCGCAAAAUCCGCGUCAAUCCGCGCCGAAUCCGCAAUGGCGCGGAUUCGGAUCCAGUGGGCCAGAAUCCGAAGCGGCUGCGGAUUAUACAUGCAGGAUCCGCAGCGGCGCGGAUAAUCCGAAUGGAGUGGCUUGGAGUGGAUUUUGCAGAUUGGAUUAUCCACAAGAUCCAUUUACAAUAUGUUACCAUAAUUGACAUCAAGCCCGAUCUCUAUGUAAUAAUGUAAUAUGAACUCAUGAAUGCAAUGACUAAAUCCAACUGUAGUUGGAAUAUUGUAUUUAUACA